CGAACCAGAAACCCAGAACAGCAACAACCUCAGCUGAGAAGCCAGGGACUGCACAGGUGUGGGACAAAACUGCCAUAUCAUCAUUAGAUCUGGUCCCUGCAUCGUUAGGGCUUUGGAUACAUAAUUCUGGUGGUGAUGACAAAUUUGCGGUGAUAUGGUCUAUGCUAUACAAUGUUUAGUUUAUAAAUUCAUAAGUUUAUAAAUUCAUAAGAAAACAAUCUAGCCAGAUGAAAUCCAAAUCAGUGCGUUAGCAGUCCCAUAUGUUUCUUUCUUUCUUUUUUUUUUUUUAAUAAUAUGUAAUGAAAGCCAGGUAAAUGAUUCCUUAGGCAGUGGUUCAGUGAAGGUUAGUGGAGGAUAAUCCCUUAGCCUUAGUUAUUUUCUAGGAACCACUCUCCAAAUGUGCAUCGAGUUUCAUGUGUUCCAAAGCUCUAGUGAUUCUUUUGACUGUUGCCAAAUAUCCUCUUGAUGUACUAUAAAAUGUAACCUGUAUUGCAUAUAUUGCCUGGAAGAUGAUCAUCUUUCCUCGUUUUGUUGCAUAGGUAUGCCAGAUACUCCAUUUAGCAAGGACAAAAGUGGCCAUGUAAAGCGUCCAAUGAACGCAUUUAUGGUGUGGGCUAGGAUUCAUCGGCCUGCCCUAGCAAAAGCUAACCCAGCUGCCAAUAAUGCAGAAAUCAGUGUUCAGCUUGGAUUGGAGUGGAGCAAACUGACUGAAGAGCAGAAGCAGCCCUAUUAUGAUGAAGCUCUGAAAAUAAAACAAAGGCACAGAGAGGAAUUUCCUGGUUGGGUUUAUCAACCACGACCAGGCAAACGGAAGCGUUUUCCACUGCCUGUCUCUGCUGUAUUUUCCGGCACUUCUCAGAGUAUCAUCACUACAAAUCCAGCUGGCAUUUGCCCCUUCCAGUCACCUGCUUACUCUGUUGUCAUCCCCAAUAUUAAGAACAAUAUUGGACAUCCAGUCUGUGAGACUCCUGCCAUCCGUCUGCCGGUUUCUUCCAUUCAACAAGCUGGUCCAAUUACUCUUUUCCAGACUACUAGCGCAAACACCGCAUCACUGGCUGUUCCAGCUCCAACCCUGCCCCUGCACCCUGUAAUUUCACCACAGCACUUUGCUGAACCUGCUCAGACAGAAGUUCUUGCUGUAUCAUCUGGGCUCAGUUGCUCUCUGAAGAGACCUACACCAGUUUUCAUCGAGAGCUUCAGCAGAAACCCAAGUAACAUAACCACCACUAAUGGCAGAUUUACUGUCUCUAGUAGCGAGCCCCCAAAGGAAUACCCAGGGGUUUCUAUUUUUCCUAGAGGUGUACCUCUUCCCCAAGCUACACCUUUUCUUCACUCACAUCUCUGUGAGUCUCUUCCCAUCGGUCAGCCAGCCAGCCUGUUUGGAGUACCUCCGCGGUUUUCAUUUCACCACCCUUACUUUGUACCUGGACCUCACUAUUUCCCCUCAAGCACAUGCCCAUUCAGCCGACCUCCAUUUGGCUGUGGGAAUUUCUCCAGCUCAGUGCCUGAAUGCCUUGGCUUUUAUGAAGACAGGUACCAAAGACAGGAGGUGAUGUUUUCAGCUCUGGAUGGAGACUAUCCUUUCAAGGAAUACCCAAUAGAAAGUAUAAGUGAGGACCACCGCAGCUGUGAGAGCCUUGAAGUAGUGUCCUGUCACAGCAGCUGCAACGAGGAUCGUUAUUUAAGCCCCCUACCACAGCUCGAUGUUGCAGCAUUGGAGGAGGUUUUGUCAGCCACUUCGUCUACUCCCUCCAGCAUCCACCUAAUCAAUGUAACUGACAGUGAUGAGGAAGAAGUAAAGUUGUUGCAAGAAUUGUAGUUUUUAAAACAAAUUAUAAUCCAGAGAAAUAUUAUAAGUGGGGAAUAAAUGUUUUCCUCCACACUGUCUUUUCAGUCAGUGUGUUCAAUGGAAAACCCAUGUAGCUUUAGUGAGCUGUACAGGUCAUUUUGAAGAGUCUGCUGAUCUGUUUGUAUUUUGAGAGAUCACAUACAGAUCUGGGGAGGUCAAAAACCUUUGGCGUUUCACCUGCUUCAUCAGGGCAUUGUCUGGGCUCUGGCUCAGGGAAGCACUUACACAGGCAUUCAACUCUAAGCAUGUGAUAAUGUGCUUUCCUGAGGAGAGGUGUGUUUAAGCACAUCCUUUUAAGGCCAAAAUAGGCAUUUUGAUGGUUUUUGCCAUAAUUUUGUAGGUAUUACUUUAGGAGUUUUAGCAAGUGAAAUAAUUCUGGUUUAUAACCGUAAUGUAAUUCUUGCUGCAGUAAAACACUAUAAGCCCUGGAGAGUGAAGUCAAGAAUG